UACAUCAACCAACGUCUCGCACCCAUAGCCCACAUAUUUCCUUGGUCAUAUAGAGGGCAUCGUCCUUAUGGCUUUGCAGUAGGAUUGUCGACACUCGGGCCGACUUUGUUGUUGCCAAUGCCAUCGAUCGGGCCGUGUUUCGGACGACGCUAAGAACGAUCCCGACCUGGAGACUGUUCUCCACAUUCCGAAUGCUACACAAGACAUAAAGCGCGGAAUUCGAUGCUGCUGGAUUUUCUUUGCUCUGAGAAACAUCUGAACACCAAAGAAGAAUCAUCAGACCAAUCGUCAUGUCUUCAAACUCCAACCCCCGAAAAGCGCUUCCCUCAAUCCACCGCUUCAUUACAACCCACGACUCGAGCGGCAAAUCAUGUUACUCCAAAGAUCUCGACGAGCCAUUGAACUUCUGGGACGUCAGUGCAGGCGAGGGAAACUCUGCCGACUUUGAGCUCGGCUACGUCACCGAAGGACUACCCAUACCACUCGCGAACGACAAAGACCUUUCAACGUUCAAGGAGGCUUAUGCCAACAAACAAAAGUCGGGAUUGGUGAAGCACGGUGGUACCAUCUUGCGGUACUGUGACAUCCCUCCAGGCUCAAAGUCUCAGAUGCAUCGUACCGUCAGUCUCGACUAUGGCAUCCUUAUCAAUGGCGAGCUGGAGUGUUUACUGGAUUCGGGAGAGACCCGGACUAUCCACCCGGGGGAUGUUGUGAUUCAGAGAGGGAAAAAUCACCAGUGGUUCAAUAGAACUGAGAAGUGGGCUAGGAUUGUGUUCAUUUUGUUCCAUGCGACGCCGGUCGAGAUCAAUGGCCGUGCAUUGGGGGAAGAUUAAGGAGGGAUGGAGCUGCCAGAUUCGCAUUAGAUUCCUCUCGACAACGUGCAAGAUACACCCAUAUAUUUCUCAGCCCUUCCCAUUCUCUAUAGAUAUGUAUACAGAACUAUACUUAGGGAGAAUUAUGAGUAUCUACUAUCAGUCUAACUCAGCGAAAGACCCGU